GCUCGCUGCUCGAAUAGUGGACUUCUUUUUUGGUCCGAAUUGGAUCUUGUAGUUAAAAGGGUUUGAGGGGUGUGUGUGUGAGAAGAGGGAGAAAAAAAUAACCUCAUUGGUUUGUAAAUUGGGGUGAGUGAGCGGGUUUUAAUUUCAACAGUUUGGAUAGCCUGAUGAUUUUGAUCAGUGACUUUUAACGCCUGUGGUUCUGUCCUGGUUGUGAGCUUGCUUCCACAUGCACUUGUGGGUGGAGGUAGCGGGGAAAGUACCUUCUCAUUUGUGCACGGUACUUCUAUGUUAACCGAGUCUUUUUUGCCUGCAGCUUAUCAAAAAGAUAGAUUUGCUCUACUUGAUUUCUCAAAGCUUUCUUACAUUGGCUGCUUCAAAAAGGUGCCUGCCACAGCUUUUCAAGCAGUUGCAAAAUAAUGUCAGUGUGAGGAAACUUAGCCAAGGAAUAUGGAUAUACCUUUGCUGCCAUUUUUUAACUGUUAAGCUUUGGACUCUCCCAGAAUGCUGAGCAUAACCCGGUUAGCCCUGGGGAACAAGAUUAUAGGUUUGUCUUUGCGUGGUAAGGCCUCCCUUGCUGCCACGAUGGUGAAAUAUCGGAGGAUGCGGAAGCCAACAGAACCACAGAACUGGGCAGUGGAUUAUCAGGAGAAAUACAUCCCGUUUUCCAAGAGCCAACUGGUUGAAGCCCUGGUAAAGGAGUUUCACUCUUCUAAUCAUAAAGAACGCAUCUCAUUCUUGCAGUUUGUGUCUCAGGUGGACUCAUCCCUUGUACAACAUUACUAUUCUGUUUUGGAGCAGCUACAGAAACACUAUACACCUAUUGAUCCUGACCGGGACACACUGCAGGAAUUCUGUUUGACAGAUGCUGAACGGUUAAUGAAAGAACAGAAAGUUUUGGCCAUGAUGGAACCACUGUUGGAUCAGGCCAACUUCAACAAGUUGUCAGAAGAAGCACUGGCUUAUGCACUGAUUGUCAAUCACCCUCAUGAUGAAGUCCAGGUAACAGUGAAUUUGGAUCAGUACGAAUAUAUUACCUUCUGGGCUCUUGGCCAACGGAUAGGACCUCUGCGAGUGAUGGCUGCAACUCGAGCCGAGAGGACCGGCUUCUUUGGCACUGCUCGGAUUCCUGCAGACAGGCAUUACUUCAAACGAGUUAUAGUGGCUGCUCGGACCAAGAAUUCCCAUCUGGUGCUGAAAUGCUUUAAGGACAUCCCUUUGGAAGGACUGGAGCAGCUGCUGCCCCUGGUCAAAGUCCGCACCUCCAUCUUCCACAGAGCUCUGCUCAACACCAUGCUGGUUGUGAGCGGCUUGGCCCUCUUUGUGAAUGUGGGCAUGGUGGUGCUGUCCGACCUCAAGAUAGGCACCACCACCCUGCUCUUCCUCUUUGCUGCCUUGAUGGCCUUCCGGGCCUGGAAGGUCUUUGGCCAGCGAAGGAACAUCCACUCUCUUGAGCUGGUGCAUAUGCUGUACUACCGCAGCACCUCCAAUAACUCGGAGCUUUUGGAUGCCCUCACUCUGCGGGCCCAGGAGGAGCAUGCCAAGGAAGUCAUCUUGGCACACAGUUUCCUCUUACAGUACUACCAGCAACAGCAGCAGCCCUUGCCAAAGGAGACAAGGGUGGGAACAGACUCCAACACUGUUGAACACCUGAGGAAGCAAGUUGAGGCUUGGCUGCACCUGCGCUCCGGGCUGGAAAUUAACUUCUGUGCCGAACGUGCCUGCCAGCAUCUCAAGGAAUUGGAAGUGAAGGGAGCAGCCCAUCCUGUCAUUGGAUAAGAGCUUCCUAGGAUUGUUUUAAUUGGUGUUUGGGGCUCUAAAUCAGCAUUGUCCCUAUGGUAUUGGGCAUGCCAGGUUUUGAAGGCAAGAGGAUGCAAACCUUAUUUUUUCCAAAGGUUUAAGGGAACCGUGCCCUGUGGUGUAAUUAUUUGUGCCACAUGGAUCCUUAGAAGCUAUUGGAUGUCAGCUCCUGAGAUGUGCUUCCUUUUAGCACCAGAUUUUCUUUCAGAUAUCCCAUGGAAAACGUGCUGUAAUAUUAACAUUUGCAUGGUAUGAAAAUACUAUUUGGAGUACAACCUUAGACCUCAUUAUACAAAGCCAUAAUGCACCUCAAAUUCUCUUCUUUGCAGAGAGGAGCUUUCUUGCUUUUAAAAUAGCAGCAAUUUUUAUUAGGCACACUGUUGUUGUUUUUCCUUUGAGCUGUUUAUUUUUCUUCCCCCAAGGAACGAGUGGAAGCAGUUUACAUAUAAAAUGAGCACUGUGCAAAGCAGUGAGUCUCUUUUGCAUUUAGGGCGAGAUGAGUUUUUAAUAUCAUGUGCUAGCCUGCUGGGGGCAUUCCUGAAAAAAUACAUUAAAUCACUUCUAUGGCACUUUGAAUUGUACAGUAUACACUUAAUGCCAAGCCGUAUCGCCCGCUAGGCUUCCCUGCUUUAAUUUUUUUUUUCCUGCCAGUUUUACAAAGGUGGCAGAGAUUCAUGCUUUCCAUCCUGUGUGGUCCUGAACAAAAUAGCAAAUUUAGGUUAUCUGUGGAGGGGGGGAAAAAUCCAACAGGUAAGUUCUGAGUUACUGGAAGAACAGAUCCCGCUUCCUCUCGGUGCAGUAAUUUUUACACUGAAACAUAAAUAUUUGCUCUUCAAAUUUGAAGUCUGGGAAUUUGCACAUAGCUAAGGAAUUCUGUUAUGGGGCCAGUGGGUGCAUUGCUGGAAGACCAUAAAGAGAUUGUCAUGGGAAAAAUCUAUGCGGUCACUAAGAAUUGACAAUAACUUGAUAGCAUGUUAUCUUAUCAAAUUGAGUGCAUGAAUUGGAGCAUUUUUACUUCAUGUGAAUCUGUUCUCAUUCUACCCUUAUGAUGACUCCCUGCACAUUGACUUUUGUAUAUGGAUUGAUAGCUGGUGUAUUUCAAUGCAUGUGUGCAUGUACUUUAUUCUAAAGAGUGUUUUUGGAACAGGUGCAGCCUUGUCCACUGCUAGCUGGAAGACAUGAGUCCUCUCCCUUUUCUCUUUCCUGUUUUCCUUCGUCUUGAGAAAGCCUAUGUAUUCUUUGGGGAGUUGCCAGAGAGAAACAUGUGUCAGAUCUGUAUUCUGUCCACACAAGUGAGAUUAUGACAGUAGCAGCAAGAGCAGCAAUCCAAAUUUCUCUAGUUCCUAUUGAAAGAUCAGUCAUAGACAAUUUGUUUUGCCUCAAGAUGAGUGAGAGAAAUGCUGUUUAAAAAUAUUCCUCUGGUGUCAAAAGAUCCAAUAGUAAACACAUUGUUGUAUACUGGUUUGGUUGAGAACAUUUUCCACGCUGUUCACUUGGGAUCCUUCAAGGAGAUCAGUACGGCUGUUUAGUUACCUGCGUCAAAAUACUGACUGAAAUGAUUUCCAGGGUGAUACCUAUCUGGAUGGUGAUAGGAGAAAGCUUCAGAGCAGAUGGCUUUGGUUUGGCUUUAAGCCUGAGCUUAUCAUGCUAAUCACAGAAUCAGAUUAUCCGCUUCCAUCCAGUGGGAACGCCAGCAUAAUUCAUGGGAAAUAUAGAAAGGGCUCUUUCUUGUGAGCAGUAAACUUUUUUUGUGCCUCACUGCAUUUCUCUCUCUUGGUUUUGUAUGGUUUACUAAACCCAAAGGUGCU